CGGAGCGGAGCGGGGGGGCUGCGGGGGGCGCGGCGCCGGCAGCGGCACCUGCGGCGGCACCGGUGGGCGCGGGAGGCGGCGCCGCGGCUGGGGCGUCCGCAGCGCUGAGAGGGCAGGACCGGCCCCGCCGCCGCACAGGCCUCCGCCUUCCCCUCCCCCGCGGCGCCUCGCAGCGCCGGUUCCGCACCGAGAGAGGCGCCCGGCGUCAGCGGACCUCCAUGUACGACAACUUGUACCUGCAUGGAUUUGAAGACUCGGAGGCGGGCUCAGCAGAUUCGUACACAAGCAGACCCUCGGACUCUGAUGUGUCUCUGGAAGAAGACAGGGAAGCGAUCCGCCAGGAACGGGAGCAGCAAGCAGCCAUCCAGCUCGAGAGGGCCAAGUCCAAGCCAGUAGCGUUUGCUGUGAAGACUAACGUGAGUUACUGCGGAGCUCUGGAUGAAGAUGUCCCCGUCCCAAGCACUGCCAUCUCCUUCGAUGCCAAGGACUUCCUGCACAUUAAAGAGAAGUACAAUAACGACUGGUGGAUAGGGCGGCUGGUAAAGGAGGGCUGCGAGAUCGGCUUCAUCCCCAGCCCGCUGCGCCUGGAGAACAUCCGCAUCCAGCAGGAGCAGAAGAGGGGACGUUUCCAUGGAGGGAAAUCCAGUGGAAAUUCUUCUUCAAGUCUUGGAGAAAUGGUUUCUGGCACGUUCCGAGCUACACCUACUUCCACAGCAAAACAGAAACAAAAAGUGACAGAGCACGUUCCCCCGUACGAUGUGGUACCGUCGAUGAGACCUGUUGUGUUGGUGGGUCCGUCGCUGAAAGGCUAUGAGGUGACAGACAUGAUGCAGAAAGCUCUCUUUGACUUCCUGAAGCACAGGUUUGAUGGGAGGAUAUCAAUAACCAGAGUGACAGCUGACAUUUCUCUUGCUAAGAGGUCCGUUCUGAAUAAUCCAAGCAAGAGGGCAAUAAUCGAGCGGUCAAACACAAGGUCCAGUUUAGCCGAAGUACAGAGCGAAAUCGAGAGGAUCUUCGAGCUGGCGCGGUCCUUGCAGCUGGUGGUGCUGGACGCGGACACCAUCAACCACCCCGCCCAGCUCAUCAAGACCUCCCUGGCGCCAAUCAUCGUCCACGUUAAAGUGUCAUCUCCCAAGGUGUUGCAGCGACUGAUUAAAUCGAGAGGAAAGUCACAAAGUAAACACUUGAACGUUCAGUUGGUGGCAGCUGAUAAACUCGCACAAUGCCCACCGGAGAUGUUUGAUGUCAUUCUGGAUGAGAACCAGCUGGAGGACGCGUGCGAGCACCUGGCGGAGUACCUGGAGGCGUACUGGCGGGCCACGCACACCACCAGCAGCACCCCCAUGACCCCCCUCCUGGGCCGCAACUUGGGCUCCACGGCGCUCUCGCCGUACCCCGCUGCCAUCUCGGGCUUGCAGAGCCAGCGCGGGAGGCACAGCAGCCACUCUGCAGAGAACUCUCCCAUUGAGCGGCGAAGUCUAAUGACCUCAGAUGAAAAUUAUCACAAUGAAAGGGCUCGGAAGAGCAGGAACCGCUUGUCUUCCAGUUCCCAACACAGCCGAGAUCACUAUCCUCUAGUGGAAGAAGAAUAUUCUGACUCGUACCAGGACACGUACAAACCCCACAGGAACCGCGGCUCCCCUGGAGGAUACAGCCACGAGUCGCGACACAGGCUUUGAGUUCAGACCCUGGCGAAGAACGGGAUUCAUCAGUCGAAAACUUGCCAUAAUGUAGCUAGGAAAAAGAAAAUAUCACCUUAAUUUGGCAGGUGUAACGCGGUCAUACUGAAGUUGCGCUCUGCUGUCAUUUGAUGUUAAGUAGGGGGCAAAGAAAACCAAGUGACCAUGCCCUUACGUUUAUGCCCGAUCAUAUAGGUUGUUUUUUUGAUUCAUUUUCUUUUUAGUACAGCAUUUGCAUUUAUAGCCAUACUUUUUCUUGUCGUUAGAUAUUAGACACAUCCGUUUGUAAUUUAGGGUACUUAGCGAGGCACUUAUAAAAUAAUUUCCUGUGCUGGAAAUUCCAAAUGACCAGUUCCAGUUGGAACCAAUUUAUAAACCAAUUCCUGUUGGAAUUUGGGUGAAUUGACUGGAAAGUCGACCUGAGCAUGUUGCAACUAAUUGAAAACAAGACACAAAUGACAAAUCUGAAAACUACAAACCGCGGGAAGGCAGAAAGCUGCGGUAUUUGUUUGCUGGAAGCUCAAUUUACAUUGAAAGUUAGAAUGAAAGGAUUUAUUCUAACUCCUUAUUUCCAGAAUGGCUUUUUCAGACAAACCAAAUGUAGAGUGUGGAGAGUGCCAAAUAUCACAAGUUAUUGCAGCAGUGGCAAAAUACUUUCCAGUUUGCGAUUAUUUUGAGACCUGGUGUGAAUGUUGCAGUGAAACCAUUUCUUUAGUUCCGCCUGUCCUGAUGAGCUACGACAGGAUCGGGGACACAAACAGGAACACGACCAAACUGCACAACCGUUUGGAUGGUUGCAGGUUGAGAAUAGUCGUCUUUCUUUCCUUUCUUCUCUUGCUUACCUGAAUGCAGCUAGUAGUCCCAAAAUGGAACAUGAGUGUAUCAUACAGAAUAGGUUUUUUUCUCCCAUUUUUAGUGUUCCGCCUUUUUAAAUGGACAAUACACUCUUCUUACCCAGUGUGUCCAGUACGUCUGAUACCUCCUUCUGUCUUACAUCUCUCAAAACCCAUCUUGGAAUGUCCGAAAACUCCAGCAUCGCACAAGAACUCUCCAGAAGAUGGGUUCAAAUGUCAGUAAUGAAACCUGAGGGAAGGGAGUGGGGUUAAAUAAUGGUAAAGGAUGAGCAUUGCAAAUGACAUAUUGGUCAGGAUUAGGUUGCACUAUCAAUGGAGUAUCAGAAACAAAGCUGCUCACGGUGAAGUCGCAGAGCUGACAUCUUUGAUUCAAAGAACUUGAUAAAUCUGGAGAAAUUGCUGCCUUACUUCCUAACAAUCACUUCUUUUCACCUGCUGAUCUCCACUUUCUUUAAACAGAGAAGUUAAUGGGAUUGGACCUUAUGUCUUACACGAUCAGUGAAGCCUUAGAUCCAACGUGAUUGAAAAUUUGACCACAAUGGACCGUUUUGUAAAACCCACUGAUGUCUUUAAGCAGGGAUUCCAGAAGCUCCCCGCUGCCUGCAUUUGCUAAGAUUGACAGAACAAUACUGAACCUGCAUUUUUUUAUGCAGCUUCAUGCCAAAACUAUAUUUUUUUCAAAAAAUGAGGAUCAUUAACUUUUAUAUUUGCUUAUUUUCUUCCCAAAGCCUGCUAAAAGUCGGCUUUCAAAGCAUGUAGCACUGAAUGAACUUCCUGAAUAUUACCGUGUCUUCUGCUUUCUGGACCAGUUGGCAAAGAUCACUGGUGUUUUCCACCACUGUUGAGUCUGGUUAUCUUCUUGAUGUUACCAACGAGAAAAGUAAUUCAUCCCAUAUCUGGUACAACCAAAACCGAGGUACGUCUCUAGAGGCGUUACAAGAUUGCGGAUGCAUGCUUCGUUUUCUAAACAGCGUCACUGCCUAGAAGGCGGCUUCAGCACCACCCCGUGAUUCCAAUGGGCCACUUACUGCGACAAAAGAGAAUCCAUGUAUCCCUUGGAGUGACAGAGUUGAGAAGGGCUAUGGCAGACCUGAUCCUGUUGGAUUUUCUCCGGCCAAAUGCCUGCAGAUUCCAAACCCCAAAGCAUUUAGGCUGAGAAAGUACAGCAAGAUCUGGGCCGGGAAUGGCAGCUCCAGCUGCCUUCUCCGUAUUUUCUGCUCUAGCACAGUGGAGCCUUCUCCAGGAAUUUUUCCGGCUCUUUGGUACAUGUACAGCACACAUACCUGCAUGAGAAAGAAGGCGUUAGGCAAAGACAUUUUUUUCUAUAAGCUUUAAUAAUUAGUUUCUUGUUUGUGUGCAUUAAAGUAUUAAUUGCAAAGGAUGCACUGAGAUGUAUAAACCUAGAUUAGACAGCUGUUUCUUCUGUGGUAGCAUUAGGGAUCAGAUCAUUUAACCGCUUGAAGAUAUUUGCAUUUUAAUGGCAGGUAGCUGCAAAGCACCUACAUAUAUUUUCUAGUAAACAAGGUUACUGCUUUAUCAUUUCCUAGAUGAAAAAAUGGCAUUUAUUUCUAGAGCCUUUUGGAGCCUUGUUUCGAAGUCUUCCAUGUCACGCUCGUAAAGGGAAAGAUGGACACACCAGGUGUGCGCGGACCCCAUCGCCCGCAGCAUCUCAAGUGCCAAAACCACUUCUCUUGGUUCUCAUCCAAACACGCUUGCGAGGGAAGUCGUGUCUUGUCUUGAAAGAACCCGCUGAGCUCCUUCACUGGGUGGGUUUGAGUUCACUUUCCUGCUGGUGUGUUAGUUCACCCUCUCCUCUCCCACCGCCCAUCCCAUUUUAAUAUCAGAAACCAGUUAGAGGUGAUCCAGCAGGUCUCCUUGCUUGCUGGCUUUUUUAUUCUUUGAAGCUAGAUAUAUCUUUAAGUACAAAUAUACCGAACGUGCUGAUAGAUUGUUAAUUUAUUCUAGAUACAAGCUAUGGGAGCUCUUUAUUUUUAAAAGUAAAUGAUUUUUAGGAAGCGCGAUGAUCAGUAAAAGCUGCGAUGUCGAUCAGGAGAUGUUAACUCCUGGUAUUUGUACAGGAGCUUCAGCCCUGCUUGCCAGCUCUAGUGUGAUUUAUCAUGCAGCGGCGCUGUAGAAGAUCGCGACGUUCAUAUACUCCUCAAUGAAUGCGAGUAAGGCUAAUUUCAUUUCCCAGUCCUCAUACCACUUCUUGUUCUUAAAAUAUUAUUGAAGAUCAGAGUUGUGCUCGUAAGCUCUGGCUUAUACAGCCAAUUUUACAAAUGUUUAUAAAACACUGAGUUUUUUUUAAAGGGUUUUUUUUGUUGUUAUCUGAGUUUUUCAUUAGGACACUUUUGGGUUAAUGACAAUUUAGCCAAUAAAGAUGAUAACAAUCUCAAUAUGUAAAGACAAUGUAUGUCAGUGCAUUCCUACGUUUGUGAAUGAAUUAACGAAGUAUUUUAAAAAUCUGGAAGCCACUUUAAAGACAAUUGAUUGUUAAACUUUUAAUUUCAAAUACUUCCUAUUUGGCAAGUUGUAUUUAGCAGAUGAACAGGUUCUUUUACUAGUUCCAUAGAUGAACAUUUAUCCCAUGGGAUGUGCUAAGAUCUCUGUCAUUAAUUAAACUACAACUCGCAACCAAUUUUCUGAGUAGAUGAUGAAAUGCUGGUUAAAGGAAUGCAACUAAAGCUGUUGUAUGUCAAAUGUGAGUUUCUAAACUAGUGGCCAAAUGAGAUGAUCAUUUUCUAAACGGGCCAGUCUGGCAAACCUCAGUUCCUGUGAGCGGCUGGUGCAGCACAGCCCGACACCUGGAUUGUGUCCUGAAAGACGGUCUUGGCACGGAAAUCAGGUGCCGCCCCUGAUUUUGCGCUGGAGUGUCUGGAGCAAGUGCUGUUCCCUCCUGCUCCUCACACAAUUCCUCAGCUACCGGCUGCUCCACCUGCUCCCGAUCCCAGGUGCUUCGGCCUUAGCUCUGGUGGAGCCAGAUGAACGAAGUGAGCGUGCAGACGCGCCGGGCGGCGGUGGCACUCGCGCUCUUAGCGAUGGCUUUGCUGCAAAUAGGAGAAAGAAAGUUUUACUGCGUUUUCCCCAGGUUUGAAAGCUGCUUCUGAAGCUGGUGUUUGGGGUUUAAUCUUUUGUGCUCCUUGCUUUUCAAAUAAUGCUGAAUCCGUACGUAAGAGGGAGAGAAGGACGAGGAGGAGGGGCGGCUGGAGGGAUGAGCACGCACCGGUGGUUCCUCUGGAUCCAUGUUCCAAUUGAGUGCAAAUCUUCCCAAUUCUGUUUGGUUUUCAUACUGUAGACUUUUCUGAAACGUCCCAGAAUCUCAUCUCUUUGGUGACACGGCCAUUCUCAGAACAAUACUGCUGAUGCUUUAUAGCACACUGAUUUGGGUAAGUUAGGGCUUUCAUUAGUCAUUUUUUCUUUAAGAAAGUGCUAAAUGAGCCCUCUACAAGGUUUUUUCUGAGUUCAGUGCUAAUGAAUCCUGGCCUUGAUUCCAUAGUCUUAUUUUGUUUUUAAGCAAAAUAAUUGGAGACCACAAACCACAAAAGUUCAAAUGCCUAAUUUGUAAAAUGCCAUUUAUACAAAUCUGGUUUCACUCCUAAAAACCUGUAUUUUAACAUUGGAUACAUGGGGUUCCGCUGCCGUGUCAUUUGUUGCAGUUACCCCUCUGUCCUUCAACUGGUGGUUCUACAAAGAGUAACAAGACUGCGAGAUACUGUAACACAGCCAGUUUUAACUCGGGGGCAAUUAUGUUCCCACUACCUUUAAAAUGAUGCCAAAAGAGAGCAUAUUAUUGGACAUUGUCAUUUGAAUAACCUCUGUUAGAUUGUUAUUCAAGUCCAGUUGAUAUUAUAUAGAAAAAUAAAGGUAUGUCUUUAAAAUACAGGGAUGUUUGCUAGUGUUGUAAAAUAUAUGUAAGGAAUGAACUUGGAGAAAGAGCUGAAAAUGCUACUCAGUAUCGAAAAUUGUGUUAACAUCUCUUUCAUGACUUGUGGAAUGCAUUUAAGAAGUCGAGAGAAGUUGAAUCUAUAUAGAGAAUUUUGGGAGAAGGUAGAAAUCGCUUUAAAAUAAGAGCGUGUCACACCCUUACUCCUUUGUUUGUGGAGCUGGGGGCAGCACUGGCUUGGUCCCUGUGCUGUGGAGUAGGUUUUGCCUUUUCCCUCCCUUUCUUAGCAGCGAGUUACUAUGUGGAGUAGCUCCUACAGACACCUACUACUGGACACAGGGUUUGUUACUGUCUCCUCUGAGAGUCGGCAUUUGCAAGGUCUGGCCGUAAACGUCCUAUACUGAUUAUCACAUGCCUUAGCAGUAUUUCCUGAAAAACAAAAUGUGGUUAAAUGUAACGCCACAGUCCCCUUUGCUAUUAGUUCUACUCUGUAUAAGCAGUAGAAAAUACACUGAGAAAAUAUGUUGUACAGUACAGAAGAAUAUAUUUUGCCAAUGAUGUAAAAACAGAGCAAGGAAAAAGAAGCACAUUUGUAAUAGCACAAAUCUGGAAUAAUUCCACUAGUGUAUCUGGCAUUGUGUUUUUUGGAAAAAAAAGGGGUAGAUUUAUUGUGGAUUUAUUGCAUUUUUGAUCAGUUCAACGUGCUGCCUGAUAGUUCAGCAGUUGGUUUCUGAGCCUUGCAUUUUGCACAUGGGAUUGAUUUUUCAAAAACUUGUAUUCCUUCCGUAUUAAUUAGUGAAAGAAAGUAUUUUCAUAUUAGAAAGUCCACUGCGUUCAUUUCUGCUAUUUUCCUCCUCAAAGCUGAACUUACAUGAAUAACCUCUAUUUUGGGCCAAUGUAUAGAUUUCGGCACACGACUACUGACUGUACCACGGAUACAGAAGUAACCCAAGGCUGGGAACGAAAUACUCCCAAUAAAUAAGUUUUUGGGUCUACAGAGCUGCUUGUUUUUGUGUAUGGGGGCGGGGAGGGAAGGAUGUGACACCGUAAGAGCCGUGGACGAGUCCACCCAGAACUUCCACUGAUAGGGCUGAGAAUUUAGAAGGUCAAAGCAAGCGAGCAGAAGGUUCAGGCUGAGGCCCGUGGGGUUUUGAUGUCUGAAAUUCACCCGAUUCUCUUCUGGGUGACGUUUGAUGAGAACAGCAUGGGGAGAGAAUCAAGGGAAAUGCAAACUGUACGUAGGCGUGAAAAGCAGAGGGGUGAAGAAAGAUGGAAACAGUCGUGCAAACUGUGGACCUUGGGCUUCUCAGACCCCAGCAAAUCUCUGUUUCUCACCCAAACUGGUUCCCAGUGCAGCGCCGCCUGCAGCCGCACCGGGAGCCCGUUCGGUCACGCUGGUGAAGGCGCCGCUGCCUUUCCUACCAAAAAAUACCCACAAAUUGGUGUUUCUUUUCUGCUGAUUUGCCCCUUUCUGGUUUUCCUUCUAUAGAUACUGUAUGUGUAGCAUUCUACAAGGCAUGCUGGGUAAAAUAUACUAUGCAAAUGUGUACAGUGGUGCAUGCUUUGCUCUCCCUCUGCUUUUAGUGGCUUUCAAAGAAAAUUUAAAACAAAAAAAGUGUUGUUAUUUUUGUGAUCAGGAUCAUUUAAAAAACGAAAAUGCAGACUGCAUGCUGAUAGUAUCCUCAUUUCUAUGGACUUGUUUUAUGGAAUUUAGAUGUACAAAAAUGAACUGCAUUACAAUAACUUUUCUACAAUAAAUGAAAAAACCUACAAACCGUUGAAAA